CUGACUUAGAACACCCCACAACUAUUGGCGAAGUAUGUCGACUGGUUUCCAACUGUUCCUGGCGGUUGUCGCCAUCUUGUCUCAACAUGUCCAAGCCGCCGACAUCCUCGUGGCUACAUCAAACUACGGCAGCCCCUGGAUGAGCGUGGCAAAGAUUGCCGAAGCCUUGGCCGCCCGAGGACACGUCGUCACCGUGUUGGCCCAUGCUAGUCAGAAGAGCGACCUGAUGCGGAAAUGGCCGACCUUGCUGUACGAAACAUUCGGAGAUCCCGAAAAACCACCGUCGAUUGAGAAAUUGGCAAAAUCUCUGCCUCAAGAGAUGGUAUUUUCUUCACGUGGGAUACUCGAUACCCUAACGGUUGGCAGUACUUUGCUUUCUGCUUUGUUGGACCUCAGUGAAGAGAUGUUGAGUGACAAUCAGCUACUGAAAAAACUGAAGACCAGCCACUAUGACGUUCUCCUGACGUAUGGUAGUACCUCAUGCGGACCCCUGGUGGCCCAGUACUUGGACCUGCCUCUAGUAUGCACAAUGAGGUCGUUGGCUACGGGACAAGACAUCCGAGCCACCGGUGUCCCCAAUCCUCUUGCUUACGUGCCAACAAUGGCAUCGGAAUUGACAGAUCGAAUGACAUUCUUACAAAGAGCGAAGAACGUGUUGGUUUACUUCGCAUGUUCUAUUGUGGGCCAGCUACUUUUCGAUAAAGGUUUUGACGACUUUGCAAAAAGAACCAUUGGCGACAACUUCACAACGUCUGCUGCCUUGGCAAGAACCGACGUGUGGCUCUACCAAUCAGAUCUCAUGUUCGACUUUCCUAAACCCAUGAUGCCAAAUAUGGUCAGCAUAGCAGGUCACAUGGCUGAGGAUGUCAAGUCACUCAGCGAGGAGCUGGAGACGUUUGUGCAGAGUUCUGGAGAUAACGGUGUUGUGCUUGUAACGUUCGGCUCCAUGAUAGCAGCUAUGCCUGCGGAGCUAGCCGACAUGCUGGCCGCUGCUUUUGCCCGUCUGCCGCAGAAGGUUGUGUGGCGUUACCCCGGAACGCCACCUCCAAGUCUGGGGCCAAACACCAAGACCAUGGAGUGGGUGCCUCAAAACGACUUACUAGCUCAUCCCAAGACAAAGGCGUUUGUAUCACAUUGUGGCUACAACGGAGUAGCGGAGGCCAUGUACCACGGGGUGCCCCUGGUUGGCAUGCCUCUCGUAAAUGAUGCCCAUGACAACAUUGCCCGGAUGGUGGCCCGUGGGAUGGCGGUGUCAUUGGACAUCCAUACGGUGACGUCAGAGGAGGUUUACCGGGCUAUUACUACCGUUAUUUUGGAUCCUAGCUACAAGGAGAAAGCCAACAAGAUCUCCACGCUUCUUCGUGACCAACCACAGUCGCCCAUGGAGCGGGCAGUUUGGUGGAUAGAACACGUCAUCAAACAUGGCGGCCUCCCCCAUCUCAGGUCAAGGGCACCCGAACUCCCCUUCUACCAGUACUACCUGCUAGACGUUAUUGCCCUGAUUGUUGCAGUUAUAUCUGCUGUAUUGUUGUCUUGUUGGAAGUGCUGUUCGUUUGCAUGUGGCAUGUGCAAAAGGGGUAACACCUACACCAAAAAGAAAAUUAACUGAUCCUUUCGAUCUUUAAGCGGGAAAUUCCUUCAAAAUAUGAAAGAGAAGGAUAUCAUACUCCCCUUACAAUUUUUUCUUUAACCUGGACAUACAUAACAUACAGAUGGCACAUUCGCGUAGUUAAAUUCACAAUGUCGAGCUUUAGUACAUAGUGAAAUGCAGUAAUUAUGAUGCAUGAUAAAACAAUGUUGUAUUGAAAAAGUAGUGUUGGUGACUAUGUUUUGGAAAUGCAAAUGGAAUAUAUGACAAGCUUUACAUCUAGCAUCAAGACUGUGAAUCUAGUUGCUUUUCUAAGAACAUCUUUGAUUUUUAGGAGGUACUAUUGAGUAAUUGAGAUAUACUUGGUCGAACUUUUCAGCCAUUGCGAUAAUUAAUAGUAAUGAUUUUAAUGGACAUACUGUAUAUGGCCUCCUUCGGUCAAUAUUGACCAUGGUAAAAUCCUAAUUGACAUACCAUUGUCAUAGUAUAUACAUGUGACAUAAGGGACAUGCGAAUGGUGAUGAGAACAAGUCUAACUGGGGAGGAAUCCAUAUAUUUGUCAUCUUAUAUUUUAUGUUCAAAUAAAAACCAAAACAAGUGACCGUAACAUACUGUGACCUACUUAUGGUUUAUGUCGAUUGUGAUGUUUUCUGUGGUGUAUGACUCAGAAAACAUCAC